CACGGGAGAAGGAAGAAGCUGCCCGGAGAGAGGAAGAACGUCUCUGGGAUGUGGAUGUGGACGAGUACGAAGCCCUCUCUGAGAAGCAGAAAGCUCUGCUUGAUUACAAAAUAGAACAAAUCAAGCAUGAGCAGAAGGAGAGCCGUGAGCCCUCUGGCUUAGACAUGGCCUGCGGGGAGCUGGGCUCUGGGCUUGCCUUGCCACUGCCCACAGAAGUGUCUCGAAAAGGGAGCUGGAGCGACUGGCUCGAGAGCAUAAGGAAAGCAAAAAGGCGUCAUCACAAGCCUCAGAAAAGCAAGAUAAGCUGCAGAACAAGAAUGGCCGCUCGGAGAAGAUUAAGGUACCCGCAAAAGAGCAGCAGCAGGAAACCAAAAAACCAGAGGUCUGGACAAAGAGCAAAGCAACAGCAGCAGGAAACCAAAAUCCCAGAGGUGCCGAGUAAGCGGGACAGGAUCUUGGACCUGAGGUUUGACAUCUGUGAGUCUUCGCAGAACAGGAUCAGACAUGUUCUGUCAUCCUGGGACAGGGUUCAGGGUAUCAUGAACCAAGUGCCAGACAAGUCCCAGUCUUCCCCUAAACACAGAGAUGAGAAGAAGAGCAGUAAGUCUCCUGAGAAGCCAGAGAAGAAUCCUCUGGAAAAACAUGGCAGCCACAAGAGUCUUCAGCGGGAAGGGGAAGUUGCAGAAGGCUCAGUCGGAAGCCAGGAUGCCGGAGUGCCCUGCUUGGACUUCCACGUCACGUGUCGUGAAAAGGUGUUUAGGAGGAUCCUGAAGAGCAAGAAGCUGCCACCACCAAAGCAGAUCCUGCACUCUCUGGGACUGGGACCUCCCAUUCCCCCUGGCUCUCUUUUCUCUGUGGUCCCCUACCCAGAGGAGGACAGAGUCCCCACAGCAACAGAAGACCUCAGACACUUCAUCUUUGUUGAACCUGAGGGUGCUGCUGCAGAAGAUGAUGUGGCCCCAGAGGCAGAGGCACAGGACCACUUGAAGAAGGGGAAAGCCAGACACAAGUCUAGCAAGGAAAAGCCAAACUCCCCCCAGAGCCCGAAAAGUCUCCAGGAUCACUCCCCAGAAACACCCAGAAGUUCACCUGAGCCAAUGAAAAGCCAACUGCAGAGUGACUCAACCCUCGAGAGACCUGCCAGGCUGAGAAGGUUCCGGUGGAUCGUUCCUGCCCACGCUGAGGUAGAACUGAAGAUCCGCUUCAGCCCCACAGUGCCAGGGCAGUUUGACCAGCUGAGGAACUUUGAGAUCCUGGGGUCAAAGCGCCUGUACCAGUUGCCCUGCAGUGCCACUGCCCUGUACCCCAGCAUCAGCCAGAACCCACGGCUGGUGUUUCCUCGCGGGAGGAAGAGCAAGGAGAAGGAGGACAUCAUCUCCAAGGAAUAUGUCAUGAGCACAAAGCAGUUCCACUUUGGACCGCUGCUUUGUGGCAAGUCAGGAGAGUGGUACAAGGCACAGAACUGCCCCGGCAACAGCGAAAAGUUACCCAUCCUCAACGACUCCCCCAUGGAGGCAGAGGUGCAUUUCUCCUUUGAGAACGACAGCAAAGGAGAGACGUUCCUUUUGGACCCUCCCAGCAUGAGGCUGCAGCCCAAAGAGAAGAAGAAGCUGAGUGUUUGGGCGUACCCGACUUCUGCUGGCCUCCUGGGAGACAGUCUCGUCUGCUGGAUCAAGGACAACCCGGAGCCAGCGGUCUUCCGACUGUGCUGCCAAGGGGUGCAAGUGAAGCUGGGGGUCAGCCCCCAGGAGCUGCAUUUCAACAAGAUACUUCUGCACAGGACUGACACCCAGACCCUGGUCCUGAGAAACGACAGCCCACUGCCCAUGGCGUGGCAUCUCAGUGGGCUGGACGACCUUGGAGAUGAUUUUUCUGUAUCGCAAGGCAGGGGCAUCGUUGGGCCCCGCACAGACUUUGAGGUGAAGCUGGAUUUCAAGGCCGAGAAGAUUGGCAUCACAAAUAAGAUGAUCUGACUAGAGGUUUCAGAUACAGAAAACAUCCUGGGCAUUGUUC